AUGACUAAAACUAAAAAGAAUUAUACUAAUUACAACUAUAAAAAAGAAGACAAUUCAUCAAAAGAUUUUACCUUUCAAAAUAUGAAAUAUGAGAAUUUAGAAGAUGUAUUAAAUAAAAUAAAUGAAAAUUGUACUGAAAUAUAUAAAAAAAAUGUAGAACAAAGUAUAGGUUCUAAUAUAUUAUCUUUACAAAAUAGUUGUAAUGAACAUCCAUCAAAUUUAUCAUCAUCAAAUGAAUUUAAUUUUUCAAAUUAUUCUUCAUAUUUAAGUGAAUCUAGUGAUAACACCUAUGGUGAGAUAGAUAAUUUGUGUUUAAGCGAUUUAUUAUCUAUUAAUGAAGAUUGUAUAAAUAAUAGUAGGAAUUCUUCUGAAAAUAAUAUAAAUAAUUUUAGUAUAAAUGAAAGCAUUAACUUAAGUAAUUUGAGCGAUGAUAGUUCUAUUACAUUUUCAAUAGAUAAAAGAAAUCAAUUAAAGAAUAAAGAAAAAAAUAUAUAUGAUCAUUGCAUAAGUAUAUUUUCCCUAAAUACAUAUUUAUAUAACGAUAUUUAUAGAUAUAAUCCUCAUUUAUAUGGAAUAUAUGAAAAAUGUAGAAACAACGAAAAUAGAUGCAAAAAUAUUGCACUUUUAUGUUCUCAAUUUGAUUUAAUAUUUUUAAGGUCUAUUUAUGGAAAAUAUCAAAAAAUAUUAUAUGAUAAAUUAAAAUAUACUCAUACUAUAUUGUUAGAUAAUGUUCCUUCAUCAAUUAACUUUUUAAAUGAUAUUUUUUAUACUUUUCAAAAUUAUUUUAAUGGAAACGGUGGAUUAUUUAUUUGUUGGACAAAAAAAUUAUUUCGUUUAUCAUAUUAUGAUUUUAUGUUUUUAUCAUCUGAUAUUUUACUUAAAAGAAAAGUUAUAAAAAUUAUAAAAUUAAUUUAUAAAGAGAAUUAUAAUUUAUAUUUUUUGCAUUGUGAAUUUGAUUUAUAUAGUAUUCAAAAUAAAUUAAGUAAUUUAAAUGAUUUAAUUACAUUAAUUAAAAAAAUUUUAUGGAAUAUUUAUAUAUUUCAUUUAUUUUAUAAAAACAAAAAAUAUUUAAAAAAAAAAGAAGAAAAAUCAAAUGAAAAUGAUAUAUUUUAUGAGGGAAUAAAUAAAAGUGAAGCAAUAAAAAAAAUAAAUAAUAAGAGAAAAGAAAAUUAUAGUAACAGUGAAAAUAGUUCCAUAAAGAAUAACAAAAUAAAUGAUAAUACUAUUAAUGAUUGUGAUAAAAAUAUAUCAAUUAUGACAUUUAAAAAUAGUUCUAUGUUCGUUAUUGGUAGUUUUAAUAUAGAUUUAAAUGAAAAUAAAGAAUUAUACGAGAAACUCACAACACUAAAUAAUCAUGGGAAAAUGAAAGAUAUGUUUUUUUAUAAAAAUAUCAACUACAAAUUACAAAAAACGUACAAUAUUGUUGAAAGAAAAAACACUUUAAUCAGUGGAUUAAAUUAUUGUUUUGGUUUAACAGAUAAUAUAUUUUUAGUAGAAUCUUUUUUUUUAAAAAAAGAAGAUAUCGAUGAAUUAAUUUAUUUAUAUAAUCCUAUAGAUAUUCUAAAUGAAAAAUUAAAAACUUUAAAUAAAUCAGUAAGUAAUUAUAAUUUAGAAAAUAUUAUUAAAUUAAUCAAUAAAAAUGGUAUUUUAAUAAAAUUUCAAGAUGUAUUCAAUUAUGGUGUAGACAUAUUAACUCAAAAAAAAAAUAAAGAAUUUAGUGAUCAUUGGAUAUUAUCAGCACGAUUUCAUAUGAAAAAUUAUAGUAAAAAUAUGAAUUUAAAUAUAGAAAAACAAUUACAUAACUUUUUAAGAAAUGUUGAUAAAUUUUUUAUUUUAAAUAAAAAUUAUUAUGAUCAAUUAUGUGAAGUAAAUUCUAUUUUAAAAAAUAAAAAAAUAGAAUAUAAAAAUGAAGAUCUAAAAGUUGAGAAAUACAAUUAUUUUAAAAAAUGUGUCAUAUCUAGUGAAAACAUUCAUUGCAUUAAUAAAAUAGAAAAGAAAUUACACGAUACCUUAUUAAAAUGUUUUGAAUUAAACUAA